GCUGCCACCCUGCGGCAUUUUGGUGAACCAAUCUGGAGGGCAGCGCUAUUUGAAUGGCGACGUGAGACGCACGACGUUGUUGUUGUUGUUCCUUGUCGUGGGGAUCUGCGAGUUUCACGCAUUGUGUUUGCAGCAACUUCGUGUGCGAGACUUGGUGCAUUUUGCUUGUGAUGACAAGUCCUGGUGAAGAGUUUAUUCCCGGGGGCUUCACGUCUCUCGUAAAUGGGUGGUACAGUGAUCUGCAGCAGUUUCGCCUUCCAAGUAAUGAAGACGUCGUUGAGCACUUGAACUCAUCGGGUGUGCCAUCUGCUCGACAGAUGGAAAAGGGACAUCGUUUUAAAGAGGAAGGCUACGUGAGACAGAUUUAUGUGCAUACUGUAUCACAGGAUUGCGACUACAACGUCGUGAAGUGCAUUUGCCUGCCGUCCAUGCGGUCUGGGUAUUACGUCGUACACGCCGUAAUAAGAAAGGACAACGGCAGUGUUGCUGGUGCACAUUGUUACUGUGCAGCGGGAUUGAGCGGUUCAUGCCAGCACGUCGCAGGGCUAUUGUUUAGCCUCGCAGAAUGGAAUCACAGAGCAGAGCCUUCAUGCACUGAUAUGCCCUGCAAGUGGGUUGUGCCACCAUCUGCAAAACAGCCAGACCCUCCUGCCACAAUUGAUAAAAUCGACUUCCGGAAAAAUGCAGCAGGAGUUACCAGGAGCCGUUACACACCCUCUGCACACCUAACACCGGCCAGUAGUUCACAACUGGCAGCGGCUGUUGAGAAGGCCCAUCCCGAGUGUCUAUGGCUAAGAUACAACAGAGACCUGGAUGAUGACACAAGCAGCAGCCACCUGCAACCACCAACAGCUGUGCCAACGUCUGACAACUUCAUGUGUGCCGAUUGGAAGUCUUAUAUACAACAGUACUUUGAAGCCAUUCAACCUCUCACAGAAGAAGAAAGGGUACAUGUACAGCAAGCAACGACUGGGCAAGCCUCCAAUCGUGUGUGGCACGAAGAGAGGACUGGACGCUUAACUUCUUCACUGUUUGGUCGCAUCAGAGGCUGUAGAAAGCCAGAAGGACUGCUAAAGGAAAUUUUGUACAGUAAGAAGCAAGUGCGCUGUGAGGCUAUGCAGUAUGGUCAGAACCACGAAGGGGUUGCCGUAAAUGCAUAUGUGAAACUUAUGUCAUAUUAUGAAAAGCAAGUGACUGUAUGUGAAACUGGACUUCACAUCCACCCAGUUUACCCAUUCCUUGCUGCAUCACCAGAUCGAAUUGUAAUGGAUGGCAAUGAUGUAGGUCUCCUAGAAGUAAAGUGCCCCUUUUCACACCAGGGCAGGUCCCCACUCGAUGCAUGUAGUGCUAAGACUUUUUGUUGUGAGGUAUGGAAUGAAGACAUACGCCUAAAACGAGGGCAUCACUACUAUGCUCAGGUACAGGGUCAAAUGGCAAUAUGUGGCCACAGGUGGUGUGAUUUUGUUGUCUGGACAAACAAUGAGACACUUGAGGGUUCUAUUAUUGUAGAACGCAUUGAUUUUGAUGAGGAGUACUGGAAUAACUUGUUGCCUGCACUAUUGUAUUUUUACAAAUAUGCUGUUAUACCAGAAACACUUACUGGCCGUCUCAGAGCGACGGGAAAGUUGUUCAGUGAAAAUGCACCAUAUGUGCCAUAUUUGCUGCAAACAAAACAACCCCGAUCCAAACCAAAGAAACCAAAGCUGUUGUAAAAGCUUAGAAAUAAAGAGGAAAGCUUUUAUUACAACUCAGUGUACAUGAUCACUUGAAACAUGCAAACAUUUGGCAUUUACAUAUUAAUCAGGGGAUUCUGAAAGUUACUUAGGAAAGCACAG